AUGGCGGACAUCAGCGACGCCGAACUCCGCGAAAUCUACGGCUUUGCCGUGCAAUUGGGCAAAGAUGCGGGCGCCAUGCUCAUGACGGCGGCGCGGUCGAGGUUCGACGGCGGCGAUGCCCAGGUCUUCACCGAGAAGGAGAACUCGGUCGACCUGGUCACCAAGACCGACACAGAAGUCGAAGCCUUCAUCCACACAUCGGUCGCAAACAAGUAUCCCAACCACAAGUUCAUUGGCGAAGAGACAUACUCGGCCGGCUCCUCCCGCGACUACCUCGUCGACGACAGCCCAACCUGGAUCGUCGACCCCCUCGACGGCACCGUCAACUUCACCCACCUGUUCCCCAUGUUCUGCGUCUCCAUCGGCUUCGCCGUGAAGGGGAAGCCCAUCAUCGGCGUCAUCAAUGCGCCCUUCCUGAACCAGACCUUCUCCUCGCUCAAGGGCCACGGCGCAUGGAUGAACGAGACCCAGAAGCUGCCCUUGGUCCCGAGCCCCUUGCCAGCCAAUGCGCCUAGCGGCUGCGUGUUUUCGUGUGAAUGGGGCAAGGACCGCCGCGACAAGCCGGAUGGGAACAUGCACCGCAAGGUCGAGAGCUUCGUCAACAUGGCGGCCGAGAGGGGCGGAAGAGGUGGCAAGGGCGGCAUGGUUCACGGCAUGAGGAGUCUGGGAAGUGCCACUUUGGACCUCGCCUAUACUGCCAUGGGAUCUUUCGAUAUUUGGUGGGAGGGCGGUUGCUGGGAGUGGGACGUUGCUGCAGGAAUCGCAAUUCUCGAAGAGGCUGGUGGUCUCGUGACCAUCGCUAACCCACCAGAAGAUACCUCCAUCGUUCCAGAUGUCAAGCUGGGUGGCAGAUCGUACCUAGCAAUCCGGUGA